AUGUGGCUGCCAGUGAAGGGGCAAGAGAAGGAAUAUGGCUCUAAGCUCUAUGAAGAAAUUUCACCACUGGAGAGUGUUCCUGUUCUUCUUGUUGACAAUGCAAGUGCUAUUAAACUGGCCAAAAAUCCUGAAUUUCACAAAAGGUCUAAGCAUAUUGAUGUUCGCAUGCACUACAUCCCUGAGAAGAUUCAAGAAGGCCAGCUAGACAUUGAGCAUGUACCAGGCAAUCAGCAAGCUGCAGAUAAUCUCACCAAACCAUUGCCAAAUGUCCAGCUUAAAUACGAAGGGGAGGUUUCAUAUGCCAACCCUGCCUUUCAACUGCUGCUGCUGUGGGUCGUCUCAUCCUCGCUGGGUCCGCGACGCGCCUCAGACCCCACCCUGUGCAGUCGGGCAGCCCCUAGUCGGCACUGUGAGCCGCCGCCCGCUGCUGCGGACAGCCUCCUCGCCAAACCGAGCCCUCAUCCCUCCACCAGUCGUACCAUGCCGCUCGCCACCUCUUCACAAGCCACCUACCGCUUUUGCCCAGGAGACAUCGAGUAG